CAGAUCUGGAGCUGCCGCAAAGCCCCGUCCUCCAGGGCUUUUUAAACACCGCGUUUGCUUCACGCUCUAACAAUUUCAUCCAGUUGAAGAGCCGCAGCGCUAUAUGCACUGAACCGACGAGCACAAACCGUUAUGGUUUAAAAAAGAAAACCACGGCAUAAACUAGAAAAAGGAAGAUACUGUGUUGCGGGUCAACGAGCUUAACCCCUAAACUGCUGUGACAGUGUUGCUCUCGGGGAAGGCAGUCACAACAGGAGGGUGUCUCGGUGAAAUGAGAGCGGACCCGGUCGGUGACCGUUAUUCCGUUGUUUUCAAUGUGGUUGGGAUUGCAGCCGACUCGGUCGUUGCAGCUAGCUCGGUACGGCCGCGUUGAUGCAGCAGCGCACGGCUGUGGUGUUCAAAUCCUCCACCGGAUCUGGGAAGACAAUAGGUGAAAUAUACGCCGGCCUGGACUCCCAAGACUACACUAAACGAGAGUCUGCAUCCGCUUUGGCUUCGCUAGUCUCCGUGUGAGGAAUCGGUUUAGAAAGUGAAGUGACGGCGGGCAGGUAGCUGGAUCAGGAUGGCGGCCGUAGUGAACUACUCUCCACCUUGGUGGGUAAACCUGCUCCACCGAUUGCCUCAUUUCAACAUUGAAUUCCAGCUUGUGAGCAGUGACUUCAGACCGGAGGACUCUGAGUACCAGAAGUCCAUUUUGUUGCUCGGGGCUGUGGCGUUGCUGUGUUUAGGCCUGGACCUCAUCUUCCUCCUCUUCUACUCAUUCUGGCUUUGCUGCCGGCGACGCAAGAGUGACGACUCCUCGCACUCCCACACGCACUCCCAUCAGCCCAGCGCUGACUGCUGCUGCACCGCCUGGUGCGUCAUCAUCGCCACACUUGUCUGCAGUGCUGGCAUUGCUGUAGGAUUCUACGGAAAUGGGGAGUCGAGUGAUGGGGCCAAUCGUUUGGCAUACUCCCUCCGUCAUGCCAACCGCACCGUGUCAGGGGUGGAGAAACUGGUGUCAGACAGUGCCGUAGCCUUAAACCAGACAGUGGAGGAAAGCUUAGUCCAGUUGGAAACAGCUUUCCAGGAGCAGACAGACUACGUGUCCAUCGUACAAAAGCUGCAGGGACAGCUGGACGAGCUGGUAAGGCUGAUGGUGGAUAUUCCCUUCUGGUCCAAUACUGAAGUUUCCCUGGAGGACUUGGCCUGCAAGACGGAAGCUUUUGAUUUUUACAGGUGGCUGGGGUACCUUAGUCUGCUGCUGUUUGAUGUACUCAUUUGUCUUCUGGUGCUCUUCGGCCUUAUACGCAACUCUAGAGGAACUCUGAUAGGAGUGUGUCUGCUGGGUGUUUUGACUCUGAUAAUCAGCUGGGGGUCUCUCGGCCUGGAACUGGCUGUCGCUGCUUCCGCCAGCGACUUCUGCGUUUCCCCGGAUACCUACAUCACCAGGGUAACCAUGGAAAACGCUGUCAUCAACCAAGAUAUUCUGCAGUAUUACCUGAGGUGCAACCCUGGCCAAAUUAACCCCUUUCAGCAGAGGCUGUCAGGGAGUCACAAAGCAUUGGUGGAGAUGCAGGAUGAUGUGGCAGAGCUACUGAGAUCAGCAACACGUGACCAUGCCAACACCAAGGGGAGUCUGGAGCAAAUCCAGUCUGUGUUGAAUUCCACCGAGGUUGGUCUUCACCAGCUGACUGCUCUGGUUGACUGCCGCAGCCUACACAUGGACUACGUUCAGGCAUUGACUGGGCUGUGUUAUGACGGGGUAGAGGGUGUCAUCUACCUGGUUCUCUUCUCCUUUGUCACUGCUCUGAUGUUCUCCUCCAUUGUGUGCAGUGUGCCACAUACCUGGCCUGGCAAGAGGACGGAUGAGGAAGACGGAGAGGAUGAGUCGGGUGCCUCACGGGGUGGUGUGCACGAUAACCUGUACCGCGUUCACAUGCCCAGUCUCUACAGCUGUGGCUCCAGCUACGGUAGCGAAGCUAGCCUGCCCGCUACAGCCCACACUGUCAGCAAUGCCCCCGUCACUGAAUACAUGAGCCAGAACGCAAACUUUCAGAACCCUCGGUGUGAGAACACCCCCUUGAUUGGCAGGGAGUCCCCUCCACCCUCUUACACCUCCAGUAUGAGAGCAAAGUACCUGGCCACCAACCGACCGGACCAGAACCGGCGCUCCGUUCCCAACGACCAACUGGACCCAGCUAGCCGGGCUCACCCCACUGCCCGACCACAGUCCUCAGUCCACUAGAAACUGUCCACAGAACUGCACCAGUCCACCCCAGUACUGCCUAAAUCCAGUUUUCACAGCCAA